AUGACGGGGGCUUGGGACUUUGUCGGUUCGUCCCCGGAGUGCGCGACAGCAAACGCGCUGUCCUUCCCCUUGAACUUGGGGCGGGUUGGAAAUGCCUUCGCCCUGUUCCUGGGGGUGGAGCCUGCUGACAUCUUUCUGUACGUGUUCUUGCCGCCCAUCCUCUUCGAUGCCGCUGUGCGGAUAGACUACUAUGUCUUCAAGAAGAUGAUCGUGCAUGUGAUCUCCUUCGCAUUCCUGGUGGUCAUUGCCAGCACGGCCAUGUUUGUGCCCAUCCUGCUGUACGUCCUGGGCCUCAAGGACUUAGGCUGGACCUGGCAGCAUGCAGCUCUGUUCUCGGCCAUGAUCGCAUCUACAGAUGCAGUCGCUGUGUCUGCCAUCCUCAAGAAGGGCGGCGCGCCAGAGAAAUUGAUUGUGCUUAUGGAGGGCGAGUCACUCUUCAAUGACGCCACCUCCAUCGUCCUGUUUGAGAUCUUCUUCCGCAUGGUCAAGCGCAUGCAGAACGGCAAGACUGCCAGCGAUCUGGGGUUCUUUGAGCAGAUGCUCGAAAUCGCAAGCAGCAUCUGCUGGCUGGCUUUCGGGGGAGUGGUGCUGGGCCUUGCCUUUGGCGUGCUUACUCGCUUGGUGCUCAGACUCAUGCACAGGCGUGGCCACAAGGCCCCUGAGCAGCUGGCGCUCAUUGUUGGCAUGGCAUACCUGUCCUUCUAUGUGGCCAACGGUCCAUGUGGGGUGAGCGGUGUCAUAGCAGUGGUGGUGUUUGGCCUGUAUGGCAGCGCGACAGGCAAGUGGCACAUGAGUCCUCGAGUGGUGGAGAGUGGCGCCUUUGAGAUCUUCUGGGACACAGUGGUCUUUGCCUUCAACGGCCUCAUCUUUUUCUUUGCUGGCGCCUCCUCCAUCAAUUUCUUCUGGCGCUCCUCCACGGAACUGUUUGAGGACGAGGGCAAUCUGGCAGUCUUAUUUAAAAUCUUCUGGCGCCUCCCACUGAUUUUCAUUGCCACUAUCAUUGUUCGGGGAGUCACCAUCGCGCUGUUCAACCCCUUAUUCAAGCUCGCAAAGUCAGAGAUGACAAUGUCGGAGAUUUUGUUUGCCACGAUUGGUGGGCUGCGCGGAGCGGUCUCCCUGAUCCUAACCCAGGUCGUCGUCACAGAGCAGAACCCAGAUCCGACGCUAGCUAACCGCGCAGUCACUGCAGAGCUGGCGCUAUGGACAGCGGGCAUAGUGGUGUGUACUCUGGUGGUGAAUGCCCCGCUGAUGCCGCUGAUACUGCGCUGGACCCGGCUGAGCGAUAUCUCCCCCGUCAAAGUGCGCAUGCGCGGCAAGGCCGCCCGGGCGCUGCUGCGCUACACACGCACCGCCAUCGAGGACCUGCAGCAUGACGAGGACGAGAUGCUGCGCGGCGUGGACUGGACGUCAGUGGAGACUUUCGUGGACUUGCAUGGGAAGCUGGACCACUUCGCACAGAUAUCCCCCUCCAACGCUGAGAAGCAGAAGGCGCAGGAUAAAGCGCUGGCAAAGACUGCGCACUGGAUCAACGGCUCAUCCUCAGCGGUCGGCGACGCCCAGGGCCCAAGGCACUCCUCUGGGGACGAGGAGCAGCCGCUGCUGUCCAGGCUGAGCGUUGAUGAAGAGAUGGGCCUGGCAACAAGGGCCACUCUGGCCACAUUGGAGGAGGGAGAGAACGAAGGAGGUGACGGGGAGGACAGUGGAGCUUCCGCCGAGCUGCCUCCGGCGGAGCUGGCGGCCGCCAGGCAGUGCGCAGCCAACCUGCUGCGCGCCAACACGGUCAUCGGGGCCGCGGAGGGCAACAAAGAGAUGAAGGACCGGCACCAGGGCUUUGGGGCCUAUGACGUACCCUUCCUCGGCCCAUCGCGGCAGAACCAGGAGAAGGAAGCUGAACAGGAGGAUGCUGAGCACGUGAUCGACAUGAACGACGAUGAGAGCGAGCCUGAGGUGCUGGAUUUGGAGAACCCGGCGUUUGACAUCCGCUUGGCGGACGAGCUGCCCGCGCAGCCGCCCAAGAUGGACCUCGUGGACCGGCUGGAGUUUGAGGAGGACGCAGCAGCCUCCAACGUUCCCUCCUCCCGGCUUUCCCAGGCCUCCCAGGCGUCACAGGGCACUGCGGACGCAACGCUGCAGCGAGAGCUGCUGGAGCAACAGCCGUCUCCCUUCCAGCGGUUUGCUUCCCAGAGCUCAAUUGACUCCAUGGCCACCAUCCCUUCCACCACUGCACAGCAGCCAGUGCAGGCUCUUCCUGCGCCAUCACCCUUCCAGGACGUGCUGCUUUCCACCCUUUCUGGGAGGGAGAGCCUGCAGCGUAAGCACCGCAGCACCGUCAUCCCACAGCCCAUCAUUGUCCCGAAGAUGGUCAGGCCUGGGGAUGCGCGUGAGGGGGAAGGGGAGAGGCCGAGCAUGCGGUGGGUGUCGAUGGUGGGCAGCGGGCAUGCGGAGGGUCAGCAGCCGCAGCAGCCAAAGGGGCGCACAAUCGUGCGCCAGGACCCAAACGUGGCAGUCGGCGUCUCAUUCUCCUUCACCGACACCUCUGCACCCACCCCCGGCGGCAACCGUAGGACGCUGACGAGCAGGAAGAAGCGGGCAGAGACCAAGGCGCUGCACAGGGUGCUGAGCUCGCCGCUCAUGCACAACCCUCCCGAUGUCAACAAUCCCGAAGACAAUGAAGACAUCGAGGAUGACCUGGACGAGGAUGACCCAGAGGUGCUGGCGGAGGCGCGGGUGCGGCUGGUGGCGGGACUGAAGCGCUACUUCCACGAGAAGCGCGGCCAGGGGCUGCUCAGCGGCCGGGGCAUCGUGGAACUGGACCACGCAUGCGACGCCGCCAUGGACCGCUCCUCGCAGCCCCUCUCCAUCUGGAAGGUCGUCGAGAGGGAUGUGUGCGGACGGGGGACAGUGAGGUGGCUGUCGCGCAGCCUCUUUUCGCUGCGCCGCCUGACCAUCAUGGCGGGAAAUUGGGGGCCGCGCUUCCUCGUGAGGCCCUGCCUCAUUGCCCCUGCCACCUGGCUCGCGGAGCUGCUGGGUCGCCAGCUCAGCGGCGUGAUGCUGCUGUCGAUUGAGGUGGCUGUGGAGUACUGGCUGGCGCUCACGUGGAGCCCCCAGGCACAGUGGCUGAACGAGCUCGCCAAGAGCGGCGUCAUUCAGGACGAGGUAAAGUCGGAGAGCAAGAAGGUGUGGAGGUUCAUCAUCGAGCGGGAGAUUGAGGCCCCUGCCAGGUUCCAGGCGAUCCAGACCCACCGGGCAGCCAUGGCCAUCCUGCGCCAACAGGGGUUGUUUGUGGAGCAGCUGUACCACAGCGGCAUGGUGGACGAGGUUGAGAAGGAGCUGCUAUCUGAGCCCAUCCAGAAGAACGAGCGCCGCCUCAUGCGCAAGCACUCCCUCGGCCUCUCCCAUCGCAUUGACGAGGUGCUGAACAACCUGCCCUUCCUCAAGGGUCUGCCCAAGCCGGUCUUCGACGCGCUGCUGGCGAGCGGCACGCUCAUCAAGUGCACCAGCGGCGAGACCAUCUGGACGCCCCCGCGGCCGGCGGCGGCCACCGCGCGCGGUGGGAGCAGGGCGGAGGGCGGCGAUCCCUGCCCCGGGUCCGGCAUUUAUAUUGUCAUUGCGGGCCUUGUGCGCAGUAGCUACGUCACUGCCAGCGGCCACACCCAGGAGUACUUCAUGGGCAGGGGUGGCGUAUUUGGGCUGCUGAGCUCGCUGGCGGGCGAGUCUCUGCCGGGCAGCGGGCCCUGCGUGGCCGUCGGCAAUGCGCUCAUGCAGGGCCCCGUGCUGUUCCAUUUCCCCCAGAGCCUCGUCACCGCUGUCCAGCAGCGGGCAGCUGCAGGAGACUCCCACCUGCGCCAGCUUGAGCUCGACCUGUACCGCGUGGCGGCGCUGUAUCUGGUGGAGCGGCUGAAGAGCGAGGUGAUGGCGGCGGCCGCAACGCACUUCCAGGCGCUGGCCGUCGGCCAGGCGCGCAGCCGCACCAUCAAGCGCCUCGCGCGCAACCCGCCCGGCCACCGGCAGCCCAUGCACGUGCACGAUGUGUGGGCCAAGGUGGGCCACACAGCGAAGGCGCAUGAUGUGAUGAGCGCUGAGCUGGAGGCUGCGCUGGAAGCCCCGCUGGCGAUGCACCUGGGCGGCGAAACAGAAAAGGGGAGGGACUCCAAAGAGCACUCCGAUGACAAGCUGCGCGAAACGUGCAACAUUCACGAUGACAUGUCGGGUCUGCACCAGAACGGCCCGGGGCGCAACGGCCCAACCGACUUGGAGGUGGUGAGCAGCCUGGAGGCCCGCAAGGUCUGGAAGCACAUCCGCAAGCACGCCGCUCAAGCACUGGCGGAGCUGAAGCAGGGGAUGCGCGAUGCGGAGUUGGUCCAGCUGGCGCCCGGGGAGAUGCACAUCCAGCAGUCCAGCUGGGUGCUGCUCAAGGGCACUCUGCGCAUCACCGGCCACGCUGCAUUUGUUCCUGCAGGCAUGCCAGUGAGGAGGGAAGCUCGCAGCGGCGAGGCAGCCGCCUCCACCUCAGCAGAGGACAUUGAGCGAAGCCAGCAGGGUGACCUGGAGGUUGCAGUGCAGUACAGCGGCCCGGCAGUGCUGCCGUGGCUGUGGCAGCCUGUGGAGGUGGAUGGCGAUGUUGUGCUGUCUCGUCUGUAUGUGUUUGAGGGGUGUGGGGCGGUGUGCGCAGGUGCGGUGCUGCUGGUGUGCCGCACUGAGGAGAAGGACAGCAGCGAUAGUGAGACCCGCAGCGAGGGCUCCUCGGUGGAGCCCACCCCUGAUUCACCCACGCAGUCCGAGCAGCCCCAGCCGCCGGCGAGGCGUGCACAGGAGAGGGCCCGGGCAGCCGUGGCUGCGCGCAUGCGAUCGCUGCCGGGGGACGGCACGGGCGAGGCCACAGAGCACUUCGGCCCCAUCCAGUCCAGCACAAACGCCAGCAAGCGCCUGAGAGUCAUCUCCGUGCGCCACAUUCCCACCUGA